AUGAGUAAACUAUCGUUCCGAGCGCGAGCGCUAGACGCCGCCAAACCUCUCCCCAUAUACCGCAACAAAGACCUUCCGGACCUAAAUGACUGCGUUUCGAUCAACCGGGCUGUGCCACAGAUGCCUACGGGGAUGGAAAAAGAAGAAGAAUCGGUAAGAAAACGUUUUAAUAUUGAGAUAUCUUUAAAAAUAUUUCAGGUGUACAGCAGGGCGAUUGUAUUCUUGAUGCGUUUACGCAACGUUUUGUGCGUACGUAGUUCUUUGUCUAUGCUGAGAGUCCUUCAUUUCACGCUCUUUGCGUAGUAAAUCGUGGUCUUUACGCAAAUAUAUACUCAAAUAGCGUAAAGAACGAGUUUUUUGUAUGAUUGGUAGCGCUUUCUUCGACUAGUGACGUGAAUGAUUUUACGUACAUUUUCUUGGAUGUGAUUGAUAACAAACAGGCGUGCGUUGUCGUAACACAAGUUAGCGAAGCUAACAUUAGCUAACUAACUUGCAAUGAGGUUCUUAUCCAACUGUAUAUACGUCUGAAGUAGGUAACUAAAGAAAGUAACUAAAGUAGUGGUUGGCUAACGGUUUGUUAACUUAGGUUCUCAUUCAUUGGCCUCAAGCUAGCUGUCUUUUUAAUAAGAAAGUAACUAACAGGAGAUGUGUGGGUGGCAAAUGGCUAUGAAGGCGCCAUAAAAUAACCAUGACACACUUGUAGACUAGUAGUGUAGCUAGCUACUUCUGUCUUUGAUCGGUAUUCUUGUUACAUCAGUGAAGAUGUAGUAUUGCCUGCAGUCAAACAGCAAUGAAAGGAGUCCUACACCUUUCAAGUUGUUGCAUGAGGUUUCAUCACCAUGCUGGUUUGACAGUGAGGUUUCAUCACCUGUUGGUUUGCCUGUGCAGCUGUGACGCCUAUGAACCCAGGCCAUACAGAGUGUUAUUUGCAGACAAAACCGUCUUGUCUGCUCACCGUUUGUACAUUAUAUGAAAGGCAGCCCCUUGCAGUCAUGAUAUACAAACAUGCAAAUGUAAACAUGGGAGUAAAAAAAGGUUAUUUACAAUCGCAUCAUUGUCUUUCGCUCCCUUACUCACUGUCUCUGGUUCCCUCUCUCUCUCUUCCUCUGUAACCUGCCUAAUAACCUGCCUAUUUAUUUUAUUUAUUUUUAUUUUACCUUUUAUUUAACUAGGCAAGUCAGUUAAGAACAAAUUCAAUGACGGCCUACACCGGCCAAAUCCGGACGACGCUGGGCCAAUUGUGCGCCGCCCUAUGGGACGCCCAAUCACGGCCGGUUGUGAUACAGCCUGGAAUCGAACCAGGGAGUCUGUAGUGACGACUCAUGCCUAAAUGACUACCGACCUGUAGCACUGACGUCUGUAGCCAUGAAGUGCUUUGAAAGGCUGGUCAUGGCUCACAUCAACACCAUUAUCCCAGAAACCCUAGACCCACUCCAAUUUGCAUACCGCCCCAACAGACCACAGAUGAUGCAAUCUCUAUUGCACUCCACACUGCCCUUUCCCACCUGGACAAGAGGAACACCUACGUGAGAAUGCUAUUCAUUGACUACAGCUCAGCAUUCAACACCAUAGUGCCCUCAAAGCUCAUCACUAAGCUACGGAUCCUGGGACUAAACACCUCCCUCUGCAACUGGAUCCUGGAUUUUCUGAUGGGCCGCCCCCAGGUGGUAAGGGUAGGUAACAACACAUCUGCCACACUGAUCCAACACGGGGGCCCCUCAGGGGUGCGUGCUCAGUCCCCUCCUGUACUCCCUGUUCACCCAUGACUGCAUUGCCAGGCACGACUCCAACACCAUCAUUAAGUUUGCCGACGACACAACAGUGGUAGGCCUGAUCACCGACAACGAUGAGACAGCCUAUAGGGAGGAGGUCAGAGACCUGGCCGUGUGGUGCCAGGAUAACAACCUCUCCCUCAACGUGACCAAGACAAAGGAGAUGAUUGUGGACUGCAGGAAAAAAAAGAGGACUGAGCACGCCCCCAUUCUCAUAGACGGGCCUGUAGUGGAACAGGUUGAGAGCUUCAAGUUCCUUGGUGUCCACAUCACCAACGAACUAUCAUGGUCCAAACACACCAAGACAGUCGUGAAGAGGGCACGACAAAGCCUAUUCCCCCUCAGGAGACUGAAAAGAUUUGGCAUGGGUCCUCAGAUCCUUAAAAAAUUCUACAGCUGCACCAUCGAGAGCAUCCUGACUGGUUGCAUCACCGCCUGGUAGUGCGUACGGCCCAGUACAUCACUGGGGCCAAGCUUCCUGCCAUCCAGGACCUCUAUACCAGGCGGUGUCAGAGGAAGGCCCUCAAAAUUGUCAAAGACUCCAGCCACCCUAGUCAUAGACUGUUCUCUCUGCUUCCGCACGGCAAGCGGUACCGGAGUGUCAAUUCUAGGUCCAAAAGACUUCUCAACAGCUUCUACCCCCAAGCCAUAAGACUCCUGAACAGCUAAUGACUACCCGGACUAUUUGCACUGUCCCCCCACCCCAUCUUUUUACGCUGCUGCUACUCUGUUAAUUAUUUAUGAAUAGUCACUUUAACUAUACCCACGUACAUAUUACUUCAACUACCUCAACUAGCCGGUGCCCCCGCACAUUGACUCUGCACCAGUACCCCCCCUGUAUGUAUAGCCUCCCUACUGUUAUUUUAUUUUACCUCUGCUCUUUUUUUCUUUAAACUUUUUUGUUGUUUUAUUUUACUUUUUAAUAAAAAUAAAUAAAUGCACUGUUGGUUAAGGGCUGUAAGUAAGCAUUUCACUGUAAUGUCUGCACCUGUUGUAUUCGGCGCAUGUGGCCAAUAAAAUUUGAUUUGAUUUGUCUCUCGCUUUCUGUCUGAAUUGUGCCAAUAUAGGGUUUCACAAAAGCUUUUGUGGAGCGACAGGUAACGGUGCUUCAAGGGGCACUGUUUUCGAUGUGUGCGGAGGGUCCCUGGUUCAAGCCCAGGUAGGGGCGAGGAGAGGGACGGAAGCAACACGGUUACAAAACUUUUAACAUCUUUCUCUCCCUCUCUCAGGAGCACCAUCUCCAGAGGGCCAUCUCUGCUCAGUCGGUUUUCAGGGAGAAGAAGGAGAACAUGGUCAUCCCGGUGCCUGAGGCGGAAAGCAACAUCACUUACUACGACCGCCUCUACAAAGGAGAGCUCAGGAUCCCCAAACAACUCUUCCACAUCCAGCGUCAGUAUCAUUUUCUUGGAACCAGCCUCUGUAGGCUAGACUCCCUCCCAUCCAACUCUCACACAUGCAUAUUCACUCAGAGGACAAAUGUCGACAAGCUAUCAAAUAGUUUCUGAAAUGUUGCGUGCCAAAUCUGAAUAGGGACUCUUUGACCAGCUAGCUAGCACAUCUUUGGCUGUCUGUCUUUUAGCCAAGGUUAUAGAGCAAUUGAUGUCAGUUGUUACCACAUCACUUUCACAAGAUGAAAUCUGUCCAGCAGCCGACCAACUGUAAUCAGUUAAAGAGGCCCUACACUCUUGCAUUUGCACCAAGAAGGCCUUUGCUGACUUCACCUUAUCCUCUCUUCCUCUUCUCACAGCCCUGGGUCUGGACAAUGAGCAGCCAGACUAUGACAUGGACUCAGAGGAUGAGACCCUCCUCAACAGACUCAACCGCAAGAUGGAGAUCAAACCCAUACAGUUUGAGACCAUGGUGGACAGGUUGGAGAAAGCCAGCGCAAACCAGGUAACAUAACACCCUCCGUCUGGACCAGCAGCAAUUGUGUUAUCAAAAAAGGUUCUCUGUGUUAAUAGAAGAUUGACCUGGGUGUAAUGUUGCUUGAAGAGGCUUCGCUCUGGAAAAUAAUCAAGGGAAACGUUGUAAUAAACUAAACUUCCAUCUCUGUCUGCUCACAGCUGGUCACUAUCACAGAGGCCAAGCUGCUGCUGAACGAGGAUGACUACCUCCUGAAGUCAGUGUACGACUACUGGGUGAGGAAGAGGAAGAACUGCCGGGGCCCGUCGCUCAUCCCCCUCAUCAGGUCUGAGAAGAGGGAUGGCUCCACCAACAACGACGCCUACGUGGCCUUCAGACGACGCACAGAGAAGAUGCAGACCAGGAAGGUGUCUCCUCACACUUAGAUUAUAUGGAGUUUCAGUAUCAAGCAAUAAUUUGCUGCUCGUUCAGUCUGUGAUGACCUUCCAUCAUAGCAACUCGCAUUGCAAAGGAAAACGUUAAAACAUUGUUUCUAUUCUAUCAAGGCUUGGAGCCUCGCACAAUUUAAUUAAUAUUUGAAUGAUGUUGCAAGUGAUUUGUUUCAUGUUAGCUACAGUAUGUUGUCGCCCCUGUAAUGUGCUCUCCAAACAUUUUCAUGUCUCUCUGUACCCUUAAUCAGUCAGGACCCCUGUGUAGGCUUGAUGAUCCUGAGGGUUAGUGUAGUUGUUUGACCGUGUCUCUCAAUGUUCAGAACCGUAAGAAUGACGAGGCGUCCUAUGAGAAGAUGUUGAAGCUGAGGAGGGAGUUCAGCCGGACGGUCACCAUCCUGGAGAUGAUCAAGAGGAGGGAGAAGAGCAAGAGAGAGCUGCUGCACCUCACCCUGGAGGUGGUGGAGAAAAGGUGAGCCUUAAAACCGUUGGAGGGGGGUGUUGUGAGAUUGUAGUCUGUGCCUUAUUGGUGCCCUGUUUCUCACAAUGCGCGUGUGACUGUAGCCCGUGUCCUGUUAGUGGUGCACGGUGUAGCCCAGCAGGGCUUCCUGGGUCAGAGCAGGCUACAGCUCAUGCUGAGUGGUCAUUGCAGUUCUCACGUCGUUUCUAACACUAACACACUACUAGUCCCGGUGCUAAAAGAGAACAGCUUUUCUCAGCCUGUUCUUACAUGUUGAUGGUGAAUACUGUCAGUCAAUAUGAAUGAUGGUGAAGUUACUGCUGGCUUUUUAUUUUAUCUGUCGUAUAUUGAAUUAAUGUUUUCUUUAUUAUUUAUCUGUUGUUUCCAUGUAGAUAUCAGAUGGGUGACUUUACGGGUGAAGUCCUCAGUGAGGUGACGGCCCCUCUGGCUGAGAAGCCCGUCUACACUGCUCCAAUCACUCUAACCAACGGGAACCGCCAUAACCAUAAAGCUGAGAUCAAAAUCAAGGUAAUAUUAGGGCUUCUAUCAACCAUAACAUUACCUCUUUUGUUUUACCUGGGGGUUUUACAUUUGACAAUCAAGCAGUUCAGAAUAGGGAAUGCUGUAGGAUGAACCUGCAGCACACUGAUUACAUUUCAAGAAAUGGAGUGCAGCAAUGAACUCUUCUCACUCUGAUCAUUUGACUAUGAAGAAAUCUUGUCUGUCCGGCUCUGACACUUAACGACCUCUAACUCCACUGUCUUUCUCUUUCAGACGCACAAGUCAGGCUGUCUCCAGCACCAUGGGUACCACCACGUCUCGGUGAAGGACGAGGAUCCCUUUGACUUUAUCAGACCAAAGAAGAAGUACACCAGGCGGGAACCCCUGUGCCGCCCCGGCAGGCCCGCCAAGCGCCAGCACAUCGUCAACAAGGCCGAUAUCAAACAGUAUGACUUCCACAGCUCUGGAGAGGAGGACUACCCACUGGUCAGUACCUCUGAGAACAGGGCCCUGAUGAUGACAAUAUCAUAAUGAAGAAGUUAAUAUGUUAUGUAGCAUUAUGUUUGUGUGCAAGUGUGUAUUUUAUAGCGUUGGUUUUGUCUUCUCCUUCAGUCUCCCCCAUCAGAACCGGACGAGGAAAAUGAUCCAGAUGGAACGUUUGCCUUCAGAAGGAAAGCAGGAUGCCAUUACCUCGCUGUGAGUCUCGCUGCAAUCACAAGUGCAAUUAAAGUAUAUUCUCUCACAUUCAUUUGCAAUUCCACACAUUAUUAGUAUCAGUGGUAAUAUUGUGGUAUUGGGUCUAGUCUGUGGGUAAGAUGGUAUUUGGUCCUGUCUGUAUGACACUGGUAGCUAGCCUAAACAAGUAACUGUUUCCUUUGCCUGUCUCUGCAGCCCUGUGUGGACCAGAGCUCUGGGCUCCUGUGGGAUCACCCUGAGUUGGCAGGGCUGGAUGCUCUGCGGCAUCGUCAGUCCCUCACCGCUCUCUCUGUACCCCAACGCUGUGUGGGACUGGCCCGCAGGAGGGUGGGCCGAGGUGGCAGGUACGUCACAGCAUACCUCUCUCACUCUGCCGUCCAUUUGUUCUCUUGUGAAAUAUUUGACUUGGCUGUCUUCUGUUCAGAUGGUUGUGUUAUAGGUUAGGUAUAUUGUAGGUUAUGUUUUUAUCGUGACUUUGAUUUAAGUCUAUUGAUAAAUGUUAACUCGCAUUAUGAUUUAUCAGAAUGAAUGUUUGUCCUCUUCUCUCAGGGUCCUGUUGGAUCGGGCGUCAUCAGACCUGGACGGAGUAUUGAAGCAGCUAGACUCAGCAGUCUUCAGCUCCUCCUUCCCCAGGGGCCUGUCUGCGGCUCCAGAGUUCUCUGAUCCCCAGGUCCCCUCACAGAACCACAGAACUAUGCCUGGCUCUGCCUCCUCGCUGGCAGACAUCCUGAGCAACAUCCAGGCCCUGAGGUGGCGCUAUUUCAGACCUAGGCCCACACAGUGUGACGGCAGUGGGGAAGGGAGGACGGGUAGACCUUCCAUGGACAACAGGUUGUCUGGAGGGCUGUUUGUCCACACCAAGAACAGUGGCUCAGGUGAGCUCAUCCUCAACACCGUAGUGAAAGUCCAUCUUCCACUUUCCAAGCCACUACCAAACAUAAUUUAACUGUAUACAGUUUCUAUCUUGGCUAUAUUGUGAUAGUACUGCUUGUGGAACCCUGGUCUUCCUCACAUUUCUCUUCAGAAACUGUUCUCAGAACUGCCAGGAAGGGUUGAUUCACAACUCCCAGUCAGAAAUGAUUUGUUCAGGGAAGUGGAAAGACUGCCACUGAACAUGAGUAACUUAAAUUGUUAGGGGCUUGCAUAUUGAGGAACUGGCCUCUCUCCUGACUUGGUGUGCAAUUUUCUUGACCGCUUCUCUAUGACCCCUAGUGUUAAGGAGUGGCACCGCAGGCAGUCUUCAUCUCCUCGCCAUAUCCUACCUCCCUUCAAGGAUGCAAAAUUACAAUUUCCAAUCUGCUUGUCUUCCCUCCCUCUUUGCUAUGUACUCCACCUUAGUAUAUGUAUUCGUCUCUCUUUUAUCUCUGUCGUUCCCUCUCUGAUGGCCUUUCCCUUGAUCUCCUGUAUCCGCAGGUGGCAUCACAGAGGAGCAGUACCAGACUCAUCAGCAGGCUCUGGCCCAGAUGCAGAAACAGCAGCUGGCUCAACUGCAGCUGAAAGCUCCUCCUCCCCAGCAGCAUUUCUCACUGCCUGAGCGACAACACACACAGGUACACACACUGUCUUUCACCCCUUCAAAGAGAACUAUAUACACAGCAUUCCUAAUGGCUUCAGUCCAGUCGGUGGGGCAGAAUGCAUCUUCAUUUCCAUUAAUAUGUUGAUAGUCUUCAAACAGCUCCGCGUAUGUUUCGAUGACUGCUAUGGCAGUGUUACGUUCUGUAGACUGUCAUUAUAUUGUGUUGUAGACUGCUGGCUCCACUGACUGCAUCAUAUCAAAGACUCUGGACUCGGCCAGCGCCCAUUUUGCUGCGUCAGCUGUGAUCAGUGCUCCAGGCCAGGUCAACAAUGAGAACAAACCAGACAACACCAGCGUCAACGGGGUCGUCCAGCCUUCAGGUCCUCUUCAGAAUAUAUCAUACAUUUUAAUAUGGACUACUCUCAGAUAUUAUUUUGUUGUUGGGUUCCGUAGUGGAAUUGAGUCAUUGCUAAACGACCAGCCCACCUCAUUAAUUGACAUUUAAGAUAUGUGCUUAUUCAGGGAAUAGGCCUACUCUGGUUUGACGGUGUCAUAUCACCUCUCCUGCAGGGACCUCCAGACCUCCUCACUCCACCAGCACAUCCCAGGGCGGCACAGGGUUGGACAGGUCAGGUCGGACCACGUCCUGCGGCGGCCCUCUGCUCCCUGCUUCCCACUCCACCACUCCCCAGUCUCUGCCCAACCACUGGGGCCACGGCAGCGCUGUCUCCCCUGCCCACCACCACCACAACUCCCGGCCCUCGGCCCCCUCGCCGUCUGCCUUGAAGCUGGCCACCAUGGCCGCAAGCAGCCUGGACCGCGUGCCCAAGGUGACGCCCGCCAUCGGCAGCAUGGCCAGGUAAGACCUUUAAUUUCUUGUUCUUUCAUUUAGAAUGGCUGAUAUACAUAACUUUUAAUUUUCCAGGCAAACUAAUUUGCUUUGUAUUUGAAUAAUGAAUGACUAUGUUUCUUCUUUUUUUCAGGGAUAAUCACGAACCUGAGAGACUUGCGUUGAACGGUAUAUCAGAGACCACAGUACCAAUGGAGGUGACAUAACCCGCUCCCUUCCUCCUCCCCUUAUCCCCGUUCUGCGCAGACCGGUGAAUGUGACAAACUGACUCGCCUCCGCUAGGAAGAAUGCAAGCCCCAGCCACCAGAGGGCAAGCAUAUACAAGGACCUAUACAGAAUCGAGCAUAUCAAAAUAUUAUAACAAAUUUGUCUAUUAUAAAUGUACAUUUUGUAAAUUGGGAAUAUCACUAACUUGUAAAAUAGUAUAUUUGUAUCAUUAGUAUGUUUAUUUUUUUCUGUUACUUGAAUUCUAGCGAAUUUGUCAUCAUGCUUUUGCACUUGAAAAUGCAAACAAAAUAGUACAUGUAAAAAAGCAAAAAUAAAACGUUUGUGUUGGGAUCAUGAGCAUGAACCACAGAUCCUGUAUCACUCGUUUUCACUAUUUAUUUUGCAAUGUUUACAUUUUUGUAUCUCUAAAGAGGAAACGAAUCCGCAAAAUGUGGACAUCGAUGUUGCUAGCAUAUUUUAUUCUUGUGCUUUUUUUCUGAAGAUGGAAAAAUUAUCCAGAUUUUUUUAUUUGGUUUCACAAAUUGAAUAGAUAUGGUCUUUUUGUAAGUAACGUUAGAUUAGUAAUGGUAUUUUCCCCUUCAGACAAUUAUUUUCUGUUACUUUGUCAGUUGUAACAGGAAUUUGUCUUUUUAAUUUUUUUAUCUUUUUUUUCUUUUUUCAUUCGAUGCAGAAUUUUUCAAAAACAGUGAAGAAAUCUUACAAAUGUGCCAUUCGCGAUACGAACCUAUUUAUUUAAAUUGACGUUGAAAUGACAAAUAAAUAAAUGCAUCAUAUAAUCUAUCUGCAGAUGUAAAGCAGGAAAACAUUUUUUUUUUUUUAAAUAAUAUAUUUGUCUUUUUAAACGGGUAGGGAGUCAAUGAACAGUACAUAGGAAUCUUACCAUUCUAUCUGUAAUGUAUUGCGCUGUAUAAUCGUGCAGGUUACUUGGCAACUCUGUUGAACGACUACCCCUUUGGAUUGGGGGGUGCACAUCAAUAUUUUUGGGAUUUUUUCUUUUUUUCCCCUUGGUGAAGGGGCAAGAAACAUGUUGAAACGAUGUCUGAUGGUCAGUGCUUGACCUCUCCUGUAGAUUAGUAUAGUUGAUGUAGUGAUUCCUGUACAGGUAUUAGAAAUAUGUUUAGGUAAUAAUUAUUAUCUAGUGUUCAUGCACUAUUUCUUCAGACAUACGUGUUUCCCUGUUACUUGUUCUUGGAGGGUUUCGGAAAAAAUGCUGGGAAAUAAACAUAUCUAUUCAUAUCAGUAUACUAA